AUGAACAACCGUAACGAAGACGCGUCCACUCAUACACCCGCAACGAUUCGAGAGUAUAAAAUCAAGCGUCGGACCUUCAAGAGUCAGAUCACUCAGUUCGGCAACUGGCUCGACACUUACGUUGAUUCUGACAAGGAACGCGUGAAAUUGCGAGAUCGCAUCGAAAGGUCGCGUAAUCAGUUCGCAACCUUUAAUCGUAUUCAGGACGAAUUAAGCGUGGCAGGAAACUUCGAAGAAGAGGAAAAAGAGCGACAAUCGACGACGGAUCAGUUCGAUGACGUUAUGGCCUCCGCGGUCAUAUUACUAGAACGGGUAGAUGCGCGCGCGACCCAACCGUCCCCCGGGAACAGCCAGUCCUCAAACCUAUCGUCGUCUUCAUACGCGCUAUCGGUCAAUUUGCCGAAAAUUGACCUACCCAAAUUCGAUGGACGUAUAGAAACAUGGAUCACAUUCAAGGACGCGUUCAACACGUUAAUCCAUACGCAACCGGGUUUAAAUAAAAUUCAAAAAUUACAUUAUUUGCGAUUGUCGUUAUUCGGAAAGGCCGAAGCCGCGAUCGGAGCCUUCAGCAUCACGGAGGACAAUUACGAGGCCGCAUGGAAGCACCUGACGGAAAUAUACGACAACACGCGCGUGCUCGUACUACGUCACGCCGCUCUCUUACGCGACACACCCGCGAUGCCAGAUGAUUCGUCGGAAUCCAUACGCGAUCUGGCAAAUCAUAUGCAACUUCACAUUCGUUCGUUGCAAGCGCUCGGUCGAUCAUCGAGCGACAUCGCGAACGAUCUCCUGGCGAGCAUUCUCAUCGCGAAAAUGGGGACCGAAACGAGAAGAUCCUGGGAACGCACUCUGUCGGACACAGAGGUUCCAAAAAUCGAAGAUCUCUUCAAAUUUUUACACAAUGCGUCGCAUCAAUCAAGAGAUUAUGGAAUCGUUGCCAAACGUUCGACUUGUUGCCACGACAUCGGCAAAACGAAAUCGAAUCCAACGCGCAAUUAUCCCGGCUAUCCACGUCCACAAAUCCUGACAUCUAAACGACAAGUUUACGUGACGAACUCGAGACAAGAUAUCGCGGUACCACCACCAUCUCCGAGUUCACAACGACGGUCGACGCCGCCAUCAUCUCCGCGUUCGCAACGCCGGUCAACGCCGCCAUCAUCUCCGCGUCCUCAGCGGCGACCAACGCCGCCAUCGUCACCGCUUGCUCAACGCCGAUCAACGCCGCUGUAUGGAACAAGGACAAGGAGAUGCCCGGGUUGCGACGGACCGCACGCGGUGUAUCAGUGUCCACGAUUUUUAGAUGCAACGGUCUUUCAUCGCAUGGAGAUCGCUCGUAAGGCACACUUGUGCCUCAAUUGCUUGCAGCCGGAUCAUCGAACGGACGACUGCAAGGCCGGAGGAUGCCGCGUGUGCAACCAGCAGCACAACACGAAACUGCAUCAGGAUCAUAAUCCGCAACCAGAGUCCUGA